GACUGUCAGGCAUCGUGGAUUUGGCAGGAAAUCUGUUGUAGCCAGUUUUUGUGAAUUAAGCCUGGGAAAAGGAUGUUUUCUUUUUGCUCUUCCAUUGGUAGGUUUUUCUAUCGUUUUUGCUGUGGGGGACCCUGGGGGUCCUGUGGCAGUCCCAAACGUGCUUGAAAACGAGACCAAUGUUUUUGGGUAAUGAAAUUGCGCACGUUUCAUUCACAUCGAAAGCAAAGACGGAUGGCUCCAUCGGGUAACAAAUGUUUUAACUUCGGCGUUGAAGGGCACUUCGCCAGAGAAUGCCCCUCGCACCGGCAACAGACGAGGGGAGGAGGAGUUGCUAGUUCCCCGGCACCAACAGCAUGGAGGUUUUUGACACCAAGGCGCCCGCAGGAGGAUUCGGAGGAAAAAGAUUUCUUGAGGCAGCUCAUCCAAGAGAAAAGGGAGUUGCGUUCCCCUGCUCACCGCCCCGCUUUCACUCCGAUCAGGGAACGGGACGAUGUUGAUAUUGAUGAUCGUGGGAUUAAAGACAUUGAAGACGAGAUCGCUAAACUUUAUGAGGUGCGUGAGAGGCAGCGGAGGGGCAAGGAAGUAGUCCAGAGGCCCAUAAGGCCUUUUCGACAGCCGCUCUUUCAGAAGGAGGACGUUCCGGUGGUGAACAACCCACGGCCUGAAUCCUCGAGGAUGGGCGAAGAUCGUGCUCGUUCGAAGAUUCCGACGGGCAGUGGGCCUGAGGGGGUUCUUAACUAUGUUCUUCAGCAGCGACUUCUCCUUACUGGAAAGAAUAAGAACCAAUUGAAGGCGAUAUGUGCGAUUGAGGGUGUGCAGUACACAACGAAGGAUCCCGCUAUUGAUAGGUUGAUUGAGGAACGUGUGAAGCUGGCUUAUGAGGGUUUCAUCUUUGUGCCUGCGCCCUCGACUGCAGCAAGCCCAGAGGAAGAAGAAAGCACUCCGUGCAAACGAAUCGGUAGACACGCACGUCUCAGGCUCUGGCAGAACCUGUUUGAGUGCAUUGUUCGUCAGAACCGCGUUUGGAACCAUGGAGGGGCCGCCCACCUUCGCUUGUUGCAUGACAGGUGUGUCACCUUAUGUUUUGUUGGUCUGGCUCUUUUAGGUGAGAUCUUGUGGAUGACGAAGUUCACGUCUUUGCUGCUCAACGUCAACCGGGAUUCUUGGGAUGCUGGACCGGUGGUUUAUAUCCUUUCUUCCCCGUGGUGUAAAGCGCAAUACAUAGGGUGUUCCACGCGUGGAAUAUACAUUAGAUGGGUUGAACAUCUUCGCACGGUUAAGCUACRGGGCCUUGGUACUUGUCCUGAGCUGUACGAAAGRCUUAUCCUAAUUUGGCAUAGGUAAGUAUGUCAUAAUUCCCCUAGUAAAUGAGCUUGAAUCUA